AAUCAAUCAAAAUGAAGGCUGCUUUCGUUGCUGCUGCUUUGGCCCAGGGCGCUGCCGCUGUCGCCAACCCCAUUGGACCCGGAAACGGCGGCUUUGGACCCGGUAACGGCGCCGGCUGGGGUGGAUUCGCCUACGGUGGUGGAUUCGGCGGCUUCGGCCCCGGCGGUUUCGGCAACGGCGUUGCAUCAUGCGCUAGCUCCUGCUUCUCAUCCCACUUCGCCACGGCAACCCCCACCCCGGCCGCCUUCUGCACCGACGCCCCGCAGCUCAACGACUGCGUAAAGUCCGCCUGCACCUCGGACGCCGCCGCCCUCUCCACCUACACCUCCGUCUCCUCCUCCGUCUGCAACGCCUUCACCUCGUGCGCCAGCACCAGCACCUUCACCUACAGCGGCGGCUGGUGGGGCUCCAAGACGGGCGACGCCGCCGCCGUCACCAUCACCGGCUGCCCCGUCGACGGCUGGUGGGGUCCCGGCGGCGCCUGGGGCGGCAUGGGCCCCGGCUGGGCCUACAAGACCGACACCGUCACCCUCACCCGCACCGUCAACGGCGUCGCCACCACCGGCCCCGCCACCGUCGCCCAGGCCGUGUCUGGCAGCAGCACGCUGCUCACGACCUUCACUGGCGCGUUCGCCGCCCAGGCGACGAGCGGUUCCGGGUCUGGGUCGACUAAUGCUGCUGCCCCCGCUGAUGCUAACCGUGGCGUCUUGGCUGCUGGCGCUGCUUUGGGCGCUUUCGUUGCCGCUGUCGGCUUGAUGUAAAGGAGUUUUGCAUCGAGACUUGACACGGAACGGCAAUUCCCAUGUACCUUGUAUACCAUAUCCCCCUUCCCUUUUGUUGUGCUUUUACAACCGGGAUCUGCAAAAAGAUGAAUCGGAGAAAAUAAGGGGCAUAGGGCAAGGUUUUCAUUCUUACUUCAUUCCUUAAUGACCAGUAGUUAAUUUUGGGGGAGGAUUGUUAAUAAGGCUGGACACCUUUGUAACGUAUUUGAUGAUGGCAUGUCUCUUGAUGAUGGGAGAUGAUUACAGUCUUUACUUAGAACAUAGUAUGACCAUGGCCAGG